AUGGGAUGGAGGCUGAUUGUGCUUGCCGUGGUGACGUUGGGCUCCCUGUACACGUUGCAUCUGCUGGCGCAGGACUUUAUGAAGCUAUCGAAACCACUCUUCAUGGCGUUGGGAAAGCGGGAUCUUGGUCCAUCGUUAUCAUACAACCGAACGGCCGCCCUAAUGGAAUUUGAGGCAAAAAUCAACUGGAAUAAAAUCCUGCAAACUGAUCCACUGAAAUGUGCCUUUUCUCUCAUCUGCCAACUGGCCGCCGGGGCCGAGCCGCAGGACACCCAGGCGAAGGUCAUUUAUGAGUUUAUUGCUUUUAGUGUGGAGAAUAGUAAAAGCAUACCCAAGCCGUUGAAGGAUUCCUUCGAAAGUGGGCUCUCGUAUGCAGACCUCAAGCGGAAGGACACCUACAAAAAGUGUUACCGUCGGUAUCCGUUGUGUGUGUAUUCUGCCCGAACCAUGCUGCGGUUUAUGAGUUUGUUUGGUACGGAACGGUGA